AUGGAGACUAGAAUGGCUGUCAACGUCGCCUUAACUUCAGCUACCUCCGAUAACCUCAGUCGCCAUGAUAUGAUUUCUUGGAUAAAUACUUCGCUCAGCCUUCAGCACAAGAAAAUUGAGGAACUUUGCAGCGGCGCUGUUUACUGCCAGUUUAUGGAUAUGCUUUUCCCAGGUUCCAUCCGACUAAAGACAGUAAAGUACAAUGCAAAACACGAGCACGAAUAUGUUAAUAACUUCAAAGUCUUGCAAAACUCGUUCAAAAAGAUGGGCGUAGAUAAGGUUAUUCCUGUGGAGCGACUGGUAAAAGGCAGAUUCCAAGAUAAUUUCGAAUUCGUUCAAUGGUUUAAAAAGUUUUUCGACGCUAACUAUCAGGGAGAACCUUAUGAUCCCGUUCAUGCGAGAGCGAACGCUGGUGUGGCUCCCGCUUCAAAACCCGCUGCAGUUUCUACAACAGCAAAGAAAGCACCCGCUCGAGCUGGAGCUCCAGCUGCUCGGGUCCCCGCUGCCCCUAGAACUCCUGCAUCGACUCGACCCAGUAACACUGGCGCUGGUGGAGAUUCGAAACGACUUCAGGGACAAGUUGACGAGCUCAACAGUCAACUCGCCACUUUGAAAGACUCCCUCGAAUCCCUAGAAAAGGAACGGGACUUCUACUUCGAAAAACUGCGAGACAUCGAACUCAUGUGCAAUAACGUCUGCGGUGAGGAAGCAGCAGAAGAGCCAGACCCAGAAUCGGAAGUCUACAAAGUCACCAAAAAGAUCCUCGAUGUUCUUUACGCCACUGCUGAUGGUUUUGAAGUGCCUGAAGAAGAAGAACAAGAUGAAUACUAA